AUCGAGCACACGGCAACUCCUCUUGUGCGUGGCUGUGCUAGGGAGCCAAGGCAUGCCGCAGUCCGCAUGCUGAUCUCUGACCUGCUCCUCAAUAUUGCCCUCGAAGCCUAAAGGGAGAAACACAACUCACUGGGCGAUACGGCUUGCAGCCAGCCAUCCCACACAUUAUGCGUUGGUUACAUGUGCUCCAGGGGUAAUCCCUUGCGUGGCUGAACCUUUUCUGAACUCAACUCUCACUGUCCGCACUCCCCCAAGCCAAGAUCCAGCGACAAUCGACGGGCGAGGGCAACAGGGCAUGGGUCAGGGCCCGACUCCCGGAACCGACUCGAGAAUUCAAAACGGGAUGACUUGGUGCUAGUGUGUGAAGAAGUUACCCAUUUCCUGCGCCAAGGUCUUCUUGGGUAUACUUUGUACGCCGUGGGGAAGGAGAGCGAGUGUCUUUGAACGCAAAUCAUGGCAGCAGAAGCAGCUCAGCGCCGCUUUGAACCUAGCACCGCGCGUCCAUCGAGUACCAAGGAGUAGGCCGACUUUUCUUCAUAAGAACCCCCGGGACUCCCACCCUACCUUGAGGAACAACUCGCUCUCACCUGCCGUACCACUACAACGGAUCAGUCCAGAGCCUCUGCCUCUUCCCACACAAAGACUAGAGCAUCGUUCAUCUCAAAACAAGUCACGCCAAAGACACCGUCUACUAUGAAGGCUUUUGCAGCUUCUUCUUUAGCAGCCGUGCUUUACGCGGCGACAGCCUCCGCCGACCCCCUUCAAGCAUGCCCCAAUGAUAUCUGCUUCAGGGUCGCGGUCCCCAGGGCCGCUUCCAGCUCCGGCAGCGGAAACCUGUACUUCCAGAUGUCGGCCCCGACUAGCUACCAAUGGGUUUCUCUGGGAUCCGGCUCGACCAUGUCCAACUCGAACAUGUUCAUCAUGUACACCGACGGCAAUGGCAACGUCACUGUUAGCGCUCGUACCGCGCGCGGUCACACUAUGCCCCAGGUCUCCCAGGGCACCACGCUUGAGCUCCUCGCCGGCUCUGGUAUCGAGAACGGAAAGAUGAUCGCCAACGUUCGUUGCACCAACUGUGCGACGUGGAGCACCGGCUCCCUGGCCCUCAACUCGGCCACCAGCUCUUGGAUUGCGGCUUGGAGGGCUGGCGGCGCUAUCAACUCGGCCAGCGCCAGCCAGAGCAUCCAGCAGCAUGACGAUCAAACCAGCUUUUCCCUGGACCUGACCCAGGCGACUGUCCAGACCGACAGCAACCCGUUUGUGGGCACUUCUGGUGGUGGUAACGGCAGCGGUAGCGGCACCGGAAGUGGCAGCGGAAGCGGAAACGGCGGCUCCACCAGCGGCGGCGGUGUUGUAUUUAACGGAGGCGGCGGCAUGUCCAACGUCCUCCUCGCUCACGGCAUCAUAAUGUCGAUCGUGUUUAUCUUCUUGUACCCUGUCGGUGCCAUCCUCAUGCCCUUGUUGGGCAAGUGGAUGGCCCACGCUGCUUGGCAGUCUGUCGCCUUCCUCCUCAUGUGGGCCGGCUUUGGCACUGGCUACGUUUACGCCCGCGACAACGGUUAUCUCUUUGCCCAAACCCACACAUUGCUGGGCACUGUAGUCGUUGCCAUGCUGGCUAUCCAGCCGUUCCUUGGAGUGGCACAUCACAAGUACUAUAAGCAGAACCAAGCCCGAGGCAUUGUCAGCCACGCCCAUAUCUGGUACGGUAGGGCUCUGAUGGUGCUUGGAAUCAUCAACGGCGGGCUGGGCCUCGAGCUCGCUAGCUCGUCCCGGGCCUAUGUCAUUGCGUACUCCGUCAUUGCUGCUAUAAUCGGCGCUGCGUGGAUUGGGUCCGCGGCUUGGGGCGAGAUGCGCAGGUCAAAGCACUCCACCGCCGUCAAGCGCGAGCAGAGCCACGAGUCUCCGGAGUCCCAGCAGCGCAUCCCCUACCGCCAAAAGAAAUAAACAGAGCAAGGGUGUAUUUUGGUAGAAUGGGUGAUCCAGGGAAAGGGGCGCGGGAGAUCAGGGAGCAGAGUAUUGCUUUUUGUGUGUGUAAUGUUUAUACCGCAGCUCGACUGAGCAUCAUCCCGACGAUGGUUGCAGGGAAUCCGGGACCGCAACUUGACAAGCGGCGAUGGGGGGAGUGCUUGGAGUUACGAGGCGUUGGCAGUUAUUAUCUUCCUUGUCGAUGACAAGGUUCUAUAAUCACGAUCGCGUUUGAUCCGUCCCGACUACGCUUGCGUUGGUGUCUGCAACCCUCUUCGGAUCACAAGAGCAACCGAGAGUUGCUGGAAGCCAUAAGCUGUCUAGUGAAUGCGGUUGACUGGUGACCUGACCAUCUUGAACGAAGACCGAUGGCUGGUGAAGAUAGUGGGCUUUUGCGACAUGUCUGAAUCUGGUAAGAAAACAGAGUUGGUGUGGUGAGGUCAUGAAAACGCCGAUGAGGCUGCUCUCAGCGAGCUAGCCAGAUCGCAAGGAGCUUAAGCCAGGUAGGUAGGUGGUGGAGGGUGCCUGCUGAGUCCCCUAUGAUGUCGUAGUUCGGG